AUUCUUAAGAAGAUUGUCUCUGUACUAGUACGUUCGCCAGGACAUCUCACUGUGCUCAAGUUGUAGCCCACGGAUACUCAACGACCCUGGUUUCGUCAAGGUGAAGGCGACCUUCAGAGCUUGAUGACACCUCUUGAGGAGGCCGCUGUGGGAACAUUAGCCAUCCGGUACUACGCUCUGGUCUCUUUCACCAUCCUCUUUUAUGACUAUUUCCUCACAAUCCGCAUGGAGAUCGAACGGUACUGGCAUUUCAGGCCAUUCAAGUGGCGUUGGGGUGUCAUACUCUUCUUCUUAGUUCGAUAUCUCGGUGUCUAUGCACAUAUUCCCAUCCUGGCGGAAACCUUCCUCGCGGACCACGACGACGCACUGUGACGCAUUAGUAUUCUACCAUCAAAUCUACGCUGUAGUCAUACAAUUUCUCGUUGGCGUGUUGCUGAUUAUUCGCACGUAUGCCCUUUACGAUCGCAACAAAUGGGUAUUCCGCGUGACCUCCGCAGUGGCAGUCAUCGUUACUGCGGUCGGUUGUUGGGGUGUGCUUGCGAAGCACGAUUCUGCACCUGCGGCGCCGUCAAUUGUAGGGUGCAAUAGUAGCUUGUCAGAGCUUCAGGGCGGUCGGCUGGCAAUCGCCUGGGGCGGUCUUCUCAUCUUCGACACUUUGAUAUUCUCUUUGACGCUGUAUAAAGCUUUUGCCGUGGAGCGAGGUGGACGAAGGACUUUGUUUGAUAUUCUAUUCAGGGAUGGCGCCGUUUAUUUUGGUUGUAUGGCAAUUGCAAAUCUGUCCAACAUCAUAACGUUCGUGAUUAGCAAGCCAUUGGUCAAAGGCAUCAGUACAACCUUUACGAACGUACUUGCAACAACACUUAUGUCCCGCUUAAUGCUCAACAUCCGAGACCCAAAGCUUCUCAGAGAGCAGCAUGCGGAUUGGUCAAACUCCGCAAGGCCGUCCACUACGCUCGCCACAAGUAUACCUUUUAUAUCCACCAUAUACCCAAGUGCUGGAGAUAUUACAACGAGUAGCGAGGCAACUGAACCACAACAUGGUUCGAAUGACGGUUUGUUCAAUCAUUGUAUCCUGUUUCCAACACAAUCACCAACUUCUGUCAAAGAAGUAGAACUGACGACCAUCCAAAUAUGCUAAUUGACGAGACUUGCUCUCACGUACACUACUGUUCUAUACUAAUGUUUGCAUCCAGUGUAUUAUUUCCAUACCGUUAGCAUUGACGAAUGACAAACCCACGUCUUCAU